CGUCACCACCACACUGUACAGUUUCACUUAGUGUUCUCGUAAUAUAAUGCUGCGUAUCAUUCCAAAAUAACUUCGUAUUUGUUUAACCUAUAUGACGGGUAACAUGACAUAGUAAAUACGUAAUUUUUAAUGCACACAUUGCUCAAACACUAGAUGGCGCUGGUGAGUCACAGUUUAUGGACUCGCACUAAAACUGAUGACGUUGCUAAUUUCUAAAAGUUGACGGCUUGUAUUAGUGUCGAGAAAAGCGAUAGAUAGUGCAAUGCAUUGUUCCUUUAAUUGGCAGUUUUGUGUGAAAUGUAGCACACAGAUAGACAGACUUUCAUUGUAUAUGCGCUGCGCAGCAUCAGCAUCUUCACAGGUGACUGUAUGCAUGACAAAUCUCGCGCGAAACCCUGACGCCUCUGCAAUCUUUGGCAAUGGCAGCGCGGUGGUCUCGCGAGAGGUAAGACGGUUGCCUCCGCUGCCGUGCCAGGUGACGUUACGUCAGAGGUCGAGCGGCGCUGCCGAUUUUCCCCGAGUCCCUUCGGCUAACGGGACGAGAGAGAGCGGCUGUGUACGAUCGAUCGCCUGUGUUAAAGAGGAGGAAAGAGAGAGAAGCGUUGAGAUUUCAGAAGAACGGACUACAAACAUUUUUGUUUUUCUUUUGUUUUAUUUUUUGCUGUUUUGGUUCCGUACGAAACUGCCUGAGCAAAGAACCAGCGUUGAUGUGUUUGAGGGACAAACACAGUGCACAGCACAGCAGGGCUGCUGUUUAUCAGGAAAGUAAUAAGAAGCAACAGCGUCUCUUGGAUAAGCACUGAAGCAGAGGAUGCUGGGAACAGUGAUGCUGCCUCUGGGCUGAGCGACAGAAACACCACCAGCAAACAGACGCACGAGCACUCGACUGCGUGACUCAACCCUUGCGCUUGAUUUUAUCAGUGACACACAGACAGAGUGAGAGAGAGGGAGAGACAGCGAGAGAGAGACUGGUGUUUGGUGUUUGUUUCCCAGCGGGAAGACGGGAGGAUGUCUUGGAAGCGGAACUACUUUGCAUCAGGGAGCAGCGCCCUGCAGGGAAUGUUGGCCCCGCGCACCAUGACCUCCAUCGCUCCCAGCAAGGGGCUCAUCAACGAGCCCGGCCAGAACAGCUGCUUCCUGAACAGCGCCUUGCAGGUUCUCUGGCACCUGGAUAUUUUCCGCAGGAGUUUUAGGCAGCUGACCACUCACAAGUGUAUGGAGGACUCCUGUAUAUUCUGCGCGCUCAAGAGCAUCUUUGCGCAGUUCCAGUUCAGCAGUGAGAAGGUGCUGCCCUCCGACGCCCUGCGCAGCGCCCUGGCCAAGACCUUCCAGGACGAGCAGCGCUUCCAGCUCGGCAUCAUGGACGACGCUGCUGAGUGCUUCGAGAACAUCCUGAUGCGCAUUCACUUCCACAUCUCAGACGAAAGCAAGGAGGAUAUCUGCACAGCCAAGCACUGCAUCCCUCACCAGAAAUUCGCCAUGACCCUCUUUGAGCAGUGCGUGUGUAACAGCUGUGGGGCCACGUCGGACCCCCUGCCCUUCAUUCAGAUGGUACACUACAUCUCUACGACCUCGCUGUGUAACCAGGCCAUCCAGAUGCUGGAGGGCAGAGAGAAGCUGACUCCGGACAUGUACGGAGAGCUGCUCCGCAACGCCAGCACCAUGGGGGACCUGCGCAACUGCCCGAGUAAUUGUGGAGAGAAGCUGCGUAUUCGUCGCGUCCUCAUGAACUCCCCUGAGAUCAUCACCAUCGGCCUGGUUUGGGACUCUGACCACUCCGACCUGGCAGAGGACGUCAUCCACAGCCUGGGCACCUGCCUGCGUCUCGGAGACCUGUUCUACCGGGUGACGGAUGACAAGGCGAAGCAGUCAGAGCUCUACCUGGUGGGCAUGGUGUGUUACUACGGCAAGCACUACUCCACCUUCUUCUUCCAGACCAAGAUACGUCGCUGGAUGUACUUCGACGACGCGCACGUCAAAGAGAUCGGCCCCAAGUGGAAGGACGUGGUAUCCCGCUGUAUCAAGGGCCACUACCAGCCCCUGCUGCUGCUCUACGCUGACCCCAGAGGCACGCCAGUGUCAGCGCAGGACCUGCCCUCUCAGAUAGACCUGCACCACUACAAUAAGGCCUACUACGACAGCGAGGACUCGGGCCGGGAGCCCUCCAUCUCCAGUGACACUCGCACAGACUCCUCCACGGAGAGCUACAGCUUCAAGCACUCCCACCACGAGUCCAUGGCCAGCCACUUCUCCUCCGACUCCCAGGGCACUGUCAUCUGCAACCCCGAGAACGACACAGCGUCACAGAGCAGCGUGGAAACGGGGCAACUGACGGAUAGCGAGUCCUCUCAGCGCUACCCACCCAGGAAGGGUGAGCCUGGAGACAGGAAGGGCGGGGCUGGAGACAGGAAGCGCAACCUGAGCCGACUGAGACGAUUUGAUGAGCGCAGUCGAGCAGCGAGGGGAGACGAGGCAUCAUCAGCGGGGUAUCACAGCGAGGGCGAGACCCUGAAGGAGCAGCAGGUGCCCCGCACUGCCCCCAAGCCCUCGAUCAGUCGGCUGAAGGAGUUCAAGGAGACCAUGAGCAACAUCAUCCACAACCGCACGCUCCCCAGCCCCGCCUCCUCCUGCAAGGGGGGCGUGGCUGACUGGGAGGAGGAGAGCACCAGCAGCGAAUCGAAAUCUAGCUCCUCCGGGGGGCGGUACCGGCCUGCCUGGCGCCCACGCAGAGAGGCUCUGAACAUCGACAGCCUCUUCAGCAGGGAGAGGCGCCGGCAGGCAGGCUACACCCAGCUGGGGGCUUCCAUGGCCCUGCACGAGGAAAGCGCAGAGGAGCCCCCCAAAACGGGGCCAGCACCACCAACCCCCCUCGGCACAGCCAAGCCCCCUCCUCCCCAAAUCAGAGGCCUGGACCGGGGGGCGAGGUUCAUUCAGAGGAUGGAGAGCGGAUACGAGAGCAGCGAGAGGAGCAGCAGCAGCCCUGUGAGUCUGGACCUGCCCCUGAGCGAGGGGUCCACUGCCAGCUCAUACAGGGAGGCAAGUUCUAAGAAGCCGCUGAGCUCCGGCCCAUCCUGGAGGAGUGUCCCCAAAUCCAAGAGCAGCAGCACCCUUCUGCAGGGGCUGAGGAGCCAGCCCUGGGGGGCGAGCCAGGCCAGCCUGGGGGAGGGGCGCAGUGAGCUAGAUGAGCUGCAGGAGGAGGUGGCUCGCAGGGCCCGGGAGCAGGAGCUGCAGAGGAAAAAGGAGAAGGAGAGGGAGGCGGCCAUGGCCUUCAACCCCAAACCCAGCAAGUACAUGGACCUGGACGAGCUGCAGAACCAGGGGAAGUGUGACCGCUUUGAGAAGUCUCUGCAGGAGGCAGACUCGCUGUUAGAGCAGUCUCUGCGGCUAGAGCAGGGAGAGGACGUGGCUGCAGCGCUCUCUGUCUGUAACGAAGCUGUGUCUAAACUAAGACUUACCAUGCAUGAGGGCAGUGCUAACACUCAUAACAGGACAAUGGCUGAUAAGAAGCUGCAAAACUGUAUGAGGAGAGCUCGAAGCCUACAGCAGCGCAUGCAGCCGCCAGAGCCAUCGCGGCCACAUGAGGGCGCUGUGGCACAGUCUGAAAGUGAACAGCCUAUCCCGUUCCAAGUACUGCUGACAUCAUGCCGGGAAGAGGUUCAGGACUCCAGUCAGGAAGCAGACUCCUCCUCCCCUUUCCCCAUCCCCCCAGAUCUCCCUCACUCAUCCUCCUACCCCACCCAGCCUGCAUCCAGGGGCAGCUGCGAGCAUCUGCCGCCUCCCGCCAGCCCUGGGCACUGGGAGAGGCAGAAAGCUUGUGGGGGAGACUCCAUGAACCGCUGGGACAGUGCAGAGCUCUCCAGCAUCACCCAGAGCAGAGAGAGGCAAGGCAGUGAGGGGGAGGAGGAAGAGGAGCAGGAGCUGCCUCUGCUCCCCUCUCACCCUCACGAGGGCUCCUUCCACUGCGACUUACCUCACACCCUCACAGCCCCCUCCUCCACCUCCCAUUCCACCAAGCCCACAACCGAGCACAGGAGCCCCUUACCUGUGGAAGAGAGAGGGUAUGCACCCCAAGGGUACCCCAGCUGGGCCACGUGCUCCCCCCACUCCCCCCGCACCCCACACUCCCCCAGGUCUCCAGUGAGGCAGCAGACACCCAAAGACCCAGACCCUCUCCCCAUCUCUAGUCCCAGGCUGGCUCCCUUCCCCUCUCCCCCUCCUGCUCCUCCCCCCCAUACCCACAGGAUCUGGUCCUCCCUUAACCUGGACAGGCCAGAUGGGGCAGACACACCCUUCUCCACCCCACCAGGGCAACCCAAUUUCAUCCCUAGCAAGCCCUCCCACCGGCACCCCCCCGGCCCUGCCAUGCCAGUGGAGCGAUGGGCAGAGAACGUCACACGCUACUACAGCUCCCAGAGGGACCGCCCACCCUCCCCCCCCGACGAGGAGCUCUCGGAGCUGGAGUGUCUGUACCAGGCGAGUCUGCAGGCUAACAGCAGCUCCAGGGCUCUGCAGGGCCCCGGUCAGCAGGCCUGUACUAAGCCAGUUUCCAAGGCAACGGCCACAACACGGAAGCUGUUUUCUGGGGCGACCUUACUGGGCCGAUCGAAGACUCCUACUGCGGAGAUUGAGAGGAAAGCGUACAGCAGCCCCUGCGCAUACAUUCCAACGCCGGUGUCUCUCCAGUCUUGCAAUUUGCCUCAGUGCGAUGAUGAAUCCUACAGCGCUGACAACCUGCGCCGCAUCGCACGCAGCCUGAGCGGGACUGUGAUUGCGGGCCGUCCCGAGCCCAUCACCACCUCCCGCAGCUUCGAACCCCAGGUUGCCUGGACCCAGCAUGCCGACCCCAGAAUCACGCGUCACGCUAACACCUCUCCCCACAUCACUUCCUCCCUCAAUCCUCCUGUGUUUCCCUUUGACCCCCAACACCACCCCGUCUCACCACUGCACCUAUCCCAGCAGCCACUGCGCCAGACACUGCCAGGAGCUCACUCGACAGUCGAGAAGUUUCUGGCUGUGCUUGACCGGGAUGAAGAUUUCUCCCUUAAAAACUACCAGAGUACAGCCCUGAGCUACGGGACCCUUUCCCGGGACCCUACCCGCAAGAAUGAGGCCCCAGACAGGACCGUCCUCCCUCGCUCGGACCACCAGUCACUCCCCCCCGGAGCCAGCAGACAGUGGAGCCGGUCGAACACCCCGCGCCUCGGACACGCCCCCCUCACCCCCCCCUCCCACACCCCUCAGAGAUGCAGGACUCCGGAGCCGUAUAGCAGCCACAGCUUGGGGCGCCCCAUUCAACCCAGCCUGAACAGGACUCAGCAGCACCACAGCCACCACCGCAGCCUCGCACCACCCCCUCCCUCCCCCUCCUACUCUCAGCCCCGCCGCAUGGACGUGCCCCCCAAUGAAGACUGGAGGAGCAGCCCCUUCGCCCCCAAGCAGCACUCCCGCCCCAAACACGCUCCGGCACCCCCCUGCGCUGCACUGACUGGGAGCAGGCCCGGCCCCCGCUCCACCAGAGUUCCCCUCCCUGCCAGCUCUGCCCAGCAAUGCUGCUCCCUGUGCCAGCAGGCUCCAGCCCAGCCCAGCCUCGGCUACUGCCAGGACUGUGGAGCCUACAUGGCACACUUCCGCUCCGGGAGAUGAGAAACAUGCCUGUGUGUGUGUUUGCAGGUGUGUGUCAGCCAUGUUACAAACGCUCGAGGUGAAACUACACACACAGCCGCGCUGCAAAACUACAACCAGGCUUCUCUAGGCUACUGUUUGUGUGCUGUAGAGAUGCUAGGGUUAUGCAGAAGGCGGCAGUUUUGCUAUUAAUAAAAUAAAAAUGUCAUCCCGAUAACCUCUAUCAAAGGGGGGCGGGGGGACGACAGACAGACACAAUUAUAAAGCCUUUAUAAGGGACGCAUCAUUGCACAAGAAACUCCCACGUCAGGAAGACAUAAAAACAUUUUGGCUAAAGCCAUGAAUGUUUUAGUUUAUUGUAGUUUCUUUUAUUUUUUAAUUUUACCUUUCACUACUGCCUGUCUCGGCAGAGCCAGGGUCUGAGGAGAAGGAGGGGGGCUUGCUGAGUUAGACAGGCGUUCCUGUUCAGUCUUGUUUUAUAACCAGCACCAUGGCCACUGACAGUGUCACAUGGCACCAAACAAUUGCAAUGUCUCUGUGCCCUCCAUUUUGGCCGUGGAAGCUCUGCAGUUCACUACUGAGGACUGACUCUCCAUUCGAGCCAGGAUGCUCUCAUUUUCAUCAGCUCCACUUAUGGAAUCCUGCUAAAGGAAACUCUCUGUGUCUCUGAGGAGUAAGGGAGGAAGCACAGGAACUCUACUGUACCUAAAACAGCACUGAACUCAAAACAGUGUGAAACCUGAAUUUAUUUGUAGCUUCAAACACACACGCCAUUGAUUCAAAGACACUAGUCGAGUAGAUGUUUCGGGCUAGCACUUUCAGUGGUCAAAACAGCCUGCUCGACUCGCAGCUUUUCUUCCUUUUCCAAAGAAUGACUAUAUAAAUAAAUAGAAAUAAAAUCUAUAUCCACACAUUUAAUUUGGGGUGCAACAUGCUCUACAUGAUCAAAGAAAUCCCUGAAGUCCACUGCUGCAUUGCUCUCCUGUGUAUUAGAGAUGACGCUAACAUAGGUGAUCCAGCUGGUGUAUUUAUUUUCAGAACGAGUUUCUAAAGAGUUAGUUAAUAAUAAUAAUAAUAAUAAUAAUAAUAAAUAAUAAUAAUAAUAAUAAUAAUAAUAAUAAUAAUAAUAAUAAUAAUAAUAACAAUUGUAUUGUACAUUGAGUACACAUAGGAAUAUACUGGUAUACAAGUUCCUAACAGCAGUCCGAGUUGUGCAUUUCAUAUGCUGUAUACAGCAGCAUUCGCAACCCCACAGCUUUCGAGGGCAGGGGCUGUACUGCAGGGUAAUUGAUUAGAACAGUUUGGUUUGGAAACUGCAGUGUUGUUACAAGCUGCUUGUACUGUUAUCGUUGGGUCAUUUCAUUCACUGGUGGUGUAUAUAACAGUUCCAGCCAUUCCUGUUGUAAGAGGGAGCGAGAUCUCCAGAUUGUGGUCUGAAUAGAGAGAUCGCCACAGGGAGAGUUUACUAUACAGGGGUAUGUGAAAUUGUGUUACCUUUUGCUAGUGCUGUAAAAAGCCAAAUAUAUAAUUUAUAAAUAAAAUCAAAUAAAAAUUGCUGCCCUACACAUCACUUUAGCCCCUAUCCAAUAUAUAUAUAUAUAUAUAUAUAUAUAUAUAUAUAUAUAUAUAUAUAUAUAUAUAUAUAUAUA